CCCCCUUCCUAGGGUAAGGAAGCCGAUGCAGAAGCAGGCGAGGAAGCCGGGGAUGAUGAACUAGGGCGCAGGGGCAGCUCCAGCCGCACCCCGCCCCCGAGCGCUGUAAAGCCCCGGUGCAGACGGGAGGAGGAAGAGGGGUAAAGCUGAUCCCCUCUCCCCAAGCUCCCCUCCACCAUGGCCUCUGGGAACAGCAGCGACCCACCAGACCAUCAUCGGCACAGGGCCAGAGAGGGACGUAGAUCGCUGAGGCUCAAUUCAGAAGAUCAGGUGGCCCAGGAGACCGAGGAGGUGUUCCGGAGCUAUGCCUUCUACCGCUACCAGCAGGAGAGGGAAGAGAGUGGAGGGGAGGUGCCGAUGGACCCCGAGAUUGCAGAGAUCCAGCAGGAGCCGGGCAGCACCAGUAACCAGGUGGGCAGGCGCCUGGCUAUCAUCGGAGAUGACAUCAACAUGCGGUAUGAUGCAGAGUUUCAGAACAUGCUGAAGACCCUGCAGCCCACGAAGGACAAUGCCUAUGAGUACUUCACUAAGAUAGCCUCCAGCUUGUUUGACAGUGGCAUUAACUGGGGCAGGGUGAUUGCGCUGCUGGGGUUCGGUUACCGGAUGGCGAUUCAUGUGUACCAGCACGGGGUGACGGGCUUCCUCCGGAGCAUCGCUCGCUACGUGGCAGAAUUCGUGCUCCGCAACCGCAUCGCCCAGUGGAUCGCCGACCAAGGAGGAUGGGUGGCAGCACUGGAGCUGGAUAACGUUUACGUGUUGUACAUGAUGGGGGUGUUGGUCGUGGUCCUGCUGGGUCAUUUGGUGGUACGACGCUUCUUCAGCCCAUGACUGGAGUGGAGGCCGAGGCCGGCGAUCCGGCCAAACUCUCUCUCUCAAUACUUCACGCCGUCAUAAAGACAUCUCCUGAGAGAGAGGGGCUCAGGGAACAAACAAGGGAGAGCAGUUUGGAAAUGAUGACUCCUCUUCGGAGACAGCACCAUCCACGGAGAGACUGCCAUCCGUGGGGAGACUGCCAAGAACUACACAGAGAGGUGUUAAUGGGGGGAUUUUGGGGGUGGGUGGGGAGGGAUUGAAUUAUCUCAUCCAAAGGUUGAAUGCAGCAGUCAGGAACAUCAGCACGAUGACAUUCCCAGCAUGCAGCGAUGGGCGAGGGUUACAGGCUCCUGCAGUGUACAGAAACUGGAGAAGCCCCAUUAGAGGAACAAACGUUGUUAAAGUAAUGCACGUGUCUCCCGCAUCCACUGAGUGGCAUUCUCAAGAGCCAUCCCAGGGAAAGGCACGGAACAUCCUCUAAUGGAUCUCAGCCCAGAUCUCGCCUGCCUUCACAGAACAGGAUUACAGCCGGAGCCGAUACAGUCUCUGCUUAUAAGUCAUUGGAGUGGGUCAGCCAGUGCUGGAGAAUCCAGGCAGGUUUUGCUCUUACUUUCUCUUGCUCCCAGCCUACCAAGCCCAGAUUCUUAGCUUUCCCGGUUACUUUAAAAGAGCAUCUGUGUCCACCUCUAAACAAAUACACUGUUUGGCAUGUGACAAUCAUGACUAGAAAACCAGUUGCCCCUAGACAAAAUGACAGACUGAUCCUGUCAGGAUCUGAAUUUGGAGAUCUGCUUUCCCUCCCAGGGACAUCGCAGACACCUAACCAGAGCAGCAUCCUAGGACUGUGCUAGUGGUCCUGGUUGCCAACCCUUCCUAGGGGAACGCAGAAGCCUGAACUUCAGGGUGGCAGCAGGUGUAUAAAGGAACGGCUGGUUUUCAAACACUAAAAUACGGUCAGGUUAAAAAUCCUGGGGUAAAUCAGGAGUGAAUGUUCUGGGUUGCGAUGCACCAUCCCAAGUCUGCAGUGUUUGGCUUACAGGCACAGCAGAUGAUGGUCUUCAUCCACAAACCUUUCUAUGGAGAAUCCGUCUGGCGGGGCCCCUCUCACUUGACUCCUGUAUUUCUGUCCGUGAUUGAGAUUGUAAACCUCUCCCUGUUGGCAGUUAUUCAGAGUGGCGGCAAAGCAGAGCCCCCGCUUUGAAAUCCCCUGAACUUUUGUGCAGUGAGCGUGGGGUUUCUAAAUCUGGGUCUGAGGCUUGGGUCCAUCUGUGCUUCCCACUUCAGGUUACUGUGUAAAGCUUGCAAACUGUGACUGGAUUUAGGCUGUGUCCACCUGGGCCUCAGAUUGGGUUUAGACCCAGUUCCUGCUAACCCUGUUUCUAGCACUGUUCAGCCAGCCAGUGGGGAGGGAGCCAAACUCUCUUCUGGUCGAAGGAGAGUGGGAGAGCCAGUUAUCAGCUAAUCUAUGGCUUCAGUGCCCUGAAGCUGAGGACCUGGCUCCUGUCUAAAGGCUCCUUUAGCUGGGGACAAGGCUACUUAUUUUAUCCUGGAGACCGGAUAGAAGCAGCAGCAGCAGCAUUAAGACUAAAAGUAUCUCAAGCGUUAUCAGGGAUUUUUCCGUUCUUGCCUGUGUCAUGAACCUUUGCUGGUUGCGGUGCACAGCUUGCUGGAGUAGGAGGGGAGGAGGCAGCUGGGAUGGCUGGUAAAGGGAUGCUGUGAUUACUCUUCUAGGCAGUUGUAGGGGAUCUCGUAGGGAUUGCCAGAGUGCAUCAGACCCGUGCCUUGUCCAGUCUGGUAACCUGGCUCAGACAGUGGCCAGGUGUUUCAGAGGAAAGUGAAAGAAGCCCGCCAUAGGAAAAUAUGGGGUAAUCUGCCCGCAUGAAGGCCUCAUCCUAAUCCCUAAUAGUUAAGAGAUUGGCUUUAACCCCGAAGCAUGACGUUUAAUAUCCCUUCUGAAAUUUGUGUUAGCAUUAACUGUGAUAACCCUGGCUAUUCCUGUUAUCCAUCUAAAUUCCCACGCCCUCUUUGAACCCUGCUAAAUGCUAAUCCUCAGCAACAUCUGCAUUGGUUCCUCUAUCUAAUUAUACUCUAUAUGGAAACAGUAUUUCCUUUUAUCGGUUAGAAUGACCCAGCUUUUGUUUAAUUGAAUGUCUCCUUACUCGAGAAAGGAGAACAUUAGCUCCCCUUCUCUAGACCAUUCAUUAUUUUAUAUUCUUGUCCUCUUUUAUUCUUCUCCUUUCUAAGAUUAAAAUGGUAGCAAACUUCCCCUCGUAUGAGUGUUCUUCCAGGCCCUUGAUCAUUCUCUUCACCCGUCUCUGAACCUCCUCUUGUUAUGCAAUAUCCUUUUGGAAAUGGGAUGCCCGAUACUACACACAGUAUCCGCAAACCACAGAUUUUUAAAGACCUUAGAAUAUUUUCUAUAGCAUGCUGCAUCCGAUUCCUUAUACAUCCUGCCAUCUUGUUUGCUGUUUUUCACCAACUGCACAUUGAGUGAAGGUCUCACUGAGCUGACACAUCCAGGCCCGUCUCCUGAGUUCAUACAGUUAAUUUGGAAUCCUGUACACUGUAUGAGUAGCUCUUUCCCCCCCUCCCCUCCCUUCAGUGUGCAUUACUUUGCCUUGAUCAACACUAAGCAUCACUUCCCAUCAUGUUGCCAAUUCAUCUGGCUUGAUUAGGUCCCUCUGGAGUUCCUCUGUGUUCUCUCUGGUCUCACCAAACCUAACUAACUGGCUAUUAUCUGCAAAUUUUGCCACUGCAGUGCUCACCCUCUUGUCUAGAUGACACUGAACUCCAGACCUAGUACAGCACCUUGAGGCACCUGCUGUUAAUCUUGUUGACCCAUGCCAGUGAUUCUUCAUGACUAAUUAGUUUCUUUAAUAGCCUCUUGUGCAGGACCUUGUCAGAGGCCUUUGGAAAGUCUAAAUAAAUUAUGACAACGGGCUCUAUUGAUACGUUCCAACACUCUAGUAGAUUAGUGAGACAUGAUUUUCCUUUGCAAGAACCAUGCUGAUUAGACCUUAUCAUUUUGAUCCAGAACAGUUUACCAAGGGCCAUGCUGGAUUCUCCAUCAGUGACCAUUUUUAAUCAUGAUUAGAUGUUUUUUCUAGAAUAUCUACUCUAUAAAUUAUUUUGGAGAAGUUCUGUGGCCUGGGCUAUCCAGGAGGUCAGACUAGAUGACCACAGUGAUCCCUUCUGCCCUUGCAAUCUAUGAAUCCGCCAGAUGUAUGAAUUAUCUGGUUUUUGUUUCAAUCUACAGAUUCAAGGCUAGUAGAUUUUUUUUUUUU